CGACGUCUUCAACGUGUGUCAGCUCAACGGACACGUCCGGCAACUGUGCGAGUUUGAAGGCAAACUCUACAAUAUGAACGAGCGAAUCGGAUGUCUCCAGUGCACCGACAUCGGCGUCACCUACGGCGACCAGGACCGGCGGCGCGUCGCGGACGUCGCGCUGCCACCGAAAGACACUUGCUGUGCUCAGGCUGCCAACGGAUACUGCCUGGUGGCGGAAUGCGAUGCUACCGAUAUCGGCUUCUGUGAGGCAAAGACUCGGUGUGAGGCGCGAGGUCUGCCUAUGGCUUCCCAGGAACUGUACAACAACUACAGCCUCAUCGGCGACCCGACUCUGCUUGGCACCAACCAAAUUUACUUCUGGGCUAACAUACAUCGUGGCGAAGACUUGGUGUGGCGCUGGAUGCCGAGCAUGGACCCGAUGGGCGACGUGUUUUUUGUUAAUGCGUUGAGACCUGACCAUGACUGUGCAGAGAUGCGCGUCGAAAACAACACGAUGAACUUCUACAGCAUAUCGUGUUUCGAAAAUGAUGAAGAGUGUGCGCUUUGUUACGAUCCUCAAACCAAUCUGCCUGCGUGCUAGGAGUGAAGUCGAAAACCAUGCAGUGAGCCGUCAACACUUCCUCAAUAUUACUCAAGAGUAGUUGACACUGUUGUAAUAUUAUCGGCACUGGUCACAGAACGCACUUAAGGGUUUCAACCGGCGAUCGUGGGUUAAUUUUGCACCAAUUUGUCUGUGUUUAUUCACUAAUCUGUCGGGCAGUGAAUGCUCUCAAAUAAAAGUGUUAAAAAUAUGCAAAUGUCUCAUUUUUAAAUUUCUCACGGGAGCUAUGGAUGAAGCUCAA